GCUUACAGUUGAGCUAUUUUUGCAACUCGGCAGAAAACGGGUAACGGUUACCCGUAACGGGUGUUAACUAGCAAUCAAACAUGCAAGAACGACUGCUGCGACAAGAGUGGUGCAUAGGAGCAUGAACAUACUGACAUACAGAAGCACUGCGCUUGCCAACAGAACCGUGCGUAUUCGCAAAACAUCUUUUGGUGCCUACAGAGAGAAAAGAAGGGGUCACAAAAGGUCAGGUGAUAUGCUGCGUCAGAUGUGCAGGUCACCAACGAUUUUUAAAUAUUUUGGCGGCCUGGUCGCGCUUGUAUGACCCGCGGGGAUUUCAAGCUCCGACAGUCUGGACAUACUGCUGUAAGACACAAAAAUGCCAGAGUAAAGAUGGGAGAUUGGAACUUUCUUGGUGGGAUUUUGGAAGAGGUGCAUAUCCACUCCACCAUGGUGGGGAAGAUCUGGCUGACCAUCCUCUUCAUCUUCCGCAUGCUGGUGCUUGGGGUGGCAGCGGAGGAUGUGUGGAAUGAUGAACAGGCUGACUUUAUCUGCAACACUGAGCAGCCUGGUUGCCGCAAUGUGUGCUAUGACAAGGCAUUCCCCAUUUCCCUCAUUCGCUACUGGGUGCUGCAGGUCAUUUUUGUUUCUUCGCCCUCACUGGUAUACAUGGGCCAUGCUCUCUUCCGACUCCGUGCCCUCGAAAAAGAACGGCAGCGCAAAAAAUUGGCACUGAGACGUGAACUUGAGACUGUGGAUGUAGAGAUGGUGGAGGUGCGACGCAAAAUAGAGCGUGAGUUUCGGCAGAUUGACCAGGGGAAGCUGAACAAAGCUCCGUUGAGGGGGUCACUUCUGCGCACCUACGUGGCUCACAUAGUCACCCGCUCGGCCGUAGAGGUGGGUUUCAUGACCGGACAAUUUGUUCUGUAUGGGUUUCAGCUAAAUCCGCUCUACAAAUGUGAGCGGGAGCCCUGCCCGAAUGCGGUGGAUUGCUUUGUAUCUCGACCCACAGAAAAAAGCGUCUUCAUGAUGUUCAUGCAAUGCAUAGCUGCCAUCUCAUUGUUUCUCAACAUCCUGGAGAUCAUGCACCUGGGCUACAAGAAGUUUAAAAAGGUCAUCUUGAACUACUACCCACAGCUGAGGGACGAUCUCGAUGACAGCUACUAUCCCAACAAGCUGAAGAAAGAUUCUGUGGUGCAUCAGACAUGCAUCGGCACCUCCACUGGCCGCAAGGCCACCAUUGCAUCUGCAACUAGUGGAUACAACCUUCUUCUUGAGAGACCACCUGAUGGAACCGCCUACCCUCCAUUGAUUAACCCAUCCUCUGCUUUCUUGCCUGUUCAGGGUGAUUUGCCAGCCAAAGACAGUUCUGAUGCACCAAAGUACUCGCAGAAUAGUCACACGGAGCACAACAGCAAUUCCAACAACACCAGCAGUGAUACGUGUUCACCACCUUGCAACUCCAUCACACCACCGAAACAAGACGUAGGGGAAGAUUCUGUCCACCCUCUGCCUCUGCUCAAGAAAGGCCAGGAGUCGAAGACUUCAGAUUCAUUGAGCCACACCAGGGAAUCUUCUCACACAUCAUCCGGCAUGGGAAAGAAGCCAUGGAAGGUCAGUGCACCCUGGAACUGCUCAACGGUUGUAGAAGGUAAUGGCUCAGAUACAGAUUCCCUGGAAGGAGCUAAGGCCCGCUGUCCUUACGCCGCUGUGCGGGCACGCACUUCAUCCAGGUCUGAUUCCAAAAUGAGCAGGCCCACCUCUCCUGAUUCAAUAGAAGAAUCCAGCUCUGAGUCACGGAAUAGUCCACGAGCAUCACCAAGCCAUCGCGCCUCAGUGGCCAGCAGUUCCAGUAGCAGACGAGCAGCUCCUACAGACUUACAGAUAUGAAAAAAAUUAAUUUGAUACAUUUACUAUUGAUGGUAGCCAUGUCAUUUGUACAGUUAUAUAGUGAUAGUAAAUGACCAGAGUGACAGUAAAAUGACUUCAGUCUCCAACUACCGUUUUAUAUUCAUCUCUAUAAAGUUGUAGCACUUCUUAAAGGAUUAGUUCACUUUCAAAUUAAAAUUUCCUGAUAAUUUACUCACCCCCAUGUUGUCAUCCAAGAUGUUUACGUCUUUUUUUCUUCAGUCUAAAAGAAAUUAAGGUUUUUGAUGAAAUCAUCCCAGGAUUAUUCUCCUUAUAGUGGACUUCAGCGGCUACCAAACGGUUGAAGAAAUUACAGUUAUAGUGCAGCAAAGUGAACUAAUCCUUGUUUGGAUUGUUUACGUUUUCUUUUUACAUACAUAUCAAUUUAGCAGUACACACUGACAGUAUAUUGAAUUAACAAUAGUAGUAUGACUACACUAGAGAGAUUGUACAUUUGAUUAUGUUCUCACCUGGACACCUUGUUCUCUUUUUCAGUACUUCCUGCAUCAGAAGUCAAAAUGAUGUAAUUGUAAAAAAAAAAAAAAAA